CACAGGCGCGGGAAUAGGACGGGGGCGGGCCCGUCGGCCGUGCCGUGCGAUCGAGCGAGGCGGGUGCCGGCUGCCGGCUGAAUGGGGCGGCGGCGGCGCCGGGUAGACCGGGCGGGUGGGGCGGGGGCCUUGCCCGAGGCCAUCGCCUCGCUGAGUCGGACGCUGCCCGGCGGUCCCAGCCCCGAGACGUUUCGCCGCGCCAAGUUCGACCGUCCGGAGGCGGCCCCGGCGCUCUGGCGGCUGCUCUUCUGUGUGCUCUCGCAGUUGCGGGCUGGCGGCGCCCCGGCCUCCCCCGCCCCGGAGGCCCAAGCCCGCUGGGUGAAGUCGGAGCUGCUCUCCCAGGGCUACCCCCGGCAGGGGCUCGCUCAGCUUCCCGAGGACGGUUCCCGGGGCAGCCGCGAGCUGCUCCUGGCUCUUUCCUGGCUCCUGGCCCGCCAGCCCCUGCCAGAGCGGCUGCUGGCCCAGACCCGCGUGCAGCUGGGCGACGAGAUGCCUGUGUGUGAGUGUGACAUCCUGGCCAGCCCAGGCCUGCCUGCACCAAGAGCGGAAGCAGAUGGCCCCGUGGACGCCCGCCACCUGCAGUGGCUGAUGGGAAAGCUGCGGUUCCGGUGGCGAACCCUGAUGGCCAGUCAGCAGGAGCAGUGUGCCCUCCUGGGCAAGAUCCACUGGUACACUCGAGGCUGCCACAGUGACCGCCGCCUGGGCCACCUGUCUGUUGCCGAAACGGAGCUGCUCAGGGACCCUGAGAGUGGCCGGCAGCUGCUGCGGAGGCUGGAGAGUGAGAACGCACGCCUGGAGGCUGCUCUGGAGUGGCGGCACCGGGAGGCGGUCUUCUGGCCCUGGAUGGACACGGUCCUGGGAUCCUGCCCCCCGGAGGCCCCACAGCCUGCGUCUGUGCCCAGGCCCUGUGAGCUUGGGGCUGAAGAGCUGGAGCGGCAGCUGUGGGCCCUGCAGGAGGAGCUGCGGGCUGCGGUGGAGGCCCGGCGGGCGGCCUGGGAGGCCAGGGUUGGAGGCCGGGGCCUGGAGUGGAGCGUUGCCCAGCGGGCCACACAGGAAGCUGUGGGUCAGGAGCUGGUGGCCCUGCGGCAGGCCUGGGAGCGAGGUGGCGACCUGGCCCAGGCCCAUGGGCCCUGCCGACUGGUGAGGACCGAGGCUGGGGUGCCAGCGGGCCCGGGCCUGCAGGCUGCGCAGGCGAUCAGGGUGCUGCAGAGCCGGGAGGCCUGCCUGGAGGAGACGCUGCGCCAGCUCCAGGCCCAGUGUCAGCAGCAGCUGGCCAGGCUGGCGGGAGCCCUGCCCAGCCUCAUCUGGAUCCUGCCUCCUGGACGCUGAGGACACCUCUUGUGACCUGGCCUGGCCUCAGAGGGGCAGAUUCCACGCUCAGUGGCCACAGGGUCAACCCAGCCUCCAGG